CCAAUUAUUAGUUAUCAUCAUAUUUGCAACUCCUAUUGGAGCCCUCUCUCAUAGUGCGGUUGACCAAGGGCUUCAGGGUAGGCAUGGGGAGUGGGUGAUUCUCCCGAUGUUGUAGGACUGCUGUUUCCAAGAUGGCUGCCCACUGGCUCUGUUUUAGAAGUUGUAAUGUAAACAGGCAGAUCCAGAGCAGCAGGAGCCGCCUUUUUCAUUUCGAAGACCUCUCAACAUGGCCGAGAAGAGGAAGUGUCACCAAUAUUCAAUGGAAUACCUAAAAUUGGGAUUCAUUCCAUCUCCUUCCAACGUACAGCUUCCGUUUUGUCUUCUUUGUGAGAAAUCAUUUUCAAAUGAAAUGAUGAAGCCUUCCCAACUGAAAGACCAUUUGGUAAAAAUUCAUUCGGAUAAAGCUGACAAACCAGUAUCGUUUUUCCAAUCCUUAAAGGCCAAGUUUGAGGGUCGCAGCACGGUUAAGAAGUUAUCUGGAAAAUCGUCACUCAAUGCCGACAAGGGGCUCAUUUGUUCCUAUGAAUUAUCUUUGUUGAUAGCAAAACAUGGCAAACCUCACAGUAUCGGAGAAACACUGAUUUUACCAGUAGUGAAAGAGAUUUUUCCCAUCAUGUUGGGGCCAAGCUCAAGCACGGUCACGCAAUCGAUUCCUUUGAGCAGUGACACCGUAUCAAAAAGGAUUGAUGAAAUGGCUGCUGAUGUGGAAGAAAGGCUUAUUGACACCUUGAAAAGUACAGAAUUCGUGAUGCAGAUUGACGAGUCAACAAUUUGUGAAAAUGAAGCCUUGUUAUUGGCUUAUGCCCAUUUCAUCAAUGGAAAUGAAGAGAUUAGGGAAGAGCUGUUAUUUGCUCGAAAUUUAGUCACCGACACAAAAGGUUCUUCGAUAUUUGAAAAGGUUGAAGAGUUUUUUAAUGAAAAAAACAUCCCUUUGACAAACGUUGUGGCAUGUACAACCGACGGAGAUGCAUCCAUGGUUGGACGAUAUCGCGAAUUUCAAGCUCAUCUAAAAUCGGUUCUACCUGGAGUUAUGACUGUCCAUUCCGUUGUUCAUAGACAGCACCUUGUCUCAAAAAAUUUGAGUGGCCGUUUGCAUGAGUCUUUACAUUAUGUUAUUAAUGCUGUGAAUGAAAUUAAGUUGAAAGGCUUUAACAACCAACUUUUUCAAAAGCUUUGUGAAGAAAAUGACGAGGAUUUUGAACAUCUCCUUUUGUACACUGAAGUAAGGUGGCUUUCAAAAGAAAAGUUUCUGCAGCGAUUCCACGAACUUUUUGACACAGCUGUCGAAUUUCUUGAAUCCAUUGAACCAAGUCUAAGCAGUUCUCUUAAACUUCGACGUCUGGAUAUAGCUUAUCUCGCUGAUGUUUUUGACAAGCUGAAUGAAGUGAACGUAAAGCUGCAAGGAGAUAAAAUCAAUUUUAUUAAGGCCAAAGGAGUAAUCUGCUCAUUUCUUUCCAAAUUGGAUCUCCUUGCAAGCAAUAUGAGUCGCCAGGAGCUGUAUCAUUUCCCAAGCCUUGGUAAUGAACGUCAACUCCAAGCAGAUGAUGUGGACGUUUUUUGCUGCCACUUGAAGCAACUCAAAGAAGAUAUAGAAACCAGAUUCUAUGACCUCAUAAAUCUGAAUGUGCCCACUUGGGUGCUAAAUCCUUUCACAGCAGACUUUGCACAACUUCAUCCCAAACUGCAAGAGCCACUGACAGAUCUGAAAUACGACUGCGAAGCCCAGUCACAUUUUCAGAGUUACGGCUACGAAGCUUUUUGGGUGAAAAUGAGGAGCAGUUACCCAAUAUUGUGGGAGGAAGUUAAGUUGCUUAUUUUAGCCUUUCCUUCCACUUACUUAGUGGAGAGGGGCUUUAGCGCUGUCCAACAGAUCGUUUCUAAUUCAAGGGACAUGUUGAAGAUCACGGAGCACGGCGAUUUAAGAAUGAUAUUAACAAAAAUGGUUCCAGACAUCGUGAAAUUGGCAUCAGCUCACCAAGCACAAGGCAGCCAUUGAUUUUUUUUUUUUUUUUGCUUUUUGUGUACAUACAUUUUCUUCAUUAAUAAUUGCCUCAGCUCUUAUUGUUGUAUUUGCUUGCAUUGGAUUUCAUGUUCCAGUUUGAGUUUUCAGCUUCGUUUUCGAAUUCUUGUUGUGGUCUGUAAAACAUUUUCUGUGUCUCUUUGUAUUGUACUUUUUUAGCAUGCAGUCCAAUAUUAUAUUUUGGUUUCUUGG